CACAACCACAAAUGUUACAGAUAAAGAAAGAAGAACCGGACCCUGAGGACCAUCAGACCCCAAUGGAAAGCUCAGCAGCUCUGCUUUCUGGUUUGGGUUCCCCAGAGCCACAGCCAGAAAUAUUACAGGUAAAGAAAAAAGAACCAGACCCUGAGGACCAUCAGACCCUGAUGGAAAGCUCAGCAGCGCCACUUACUGAUGGGGCUCUCUCCUGUUUGUUGUUAUUAGGGAGGUACAUGAAGGCGGAACCCAAUUUAGACUCUGCUGAACUGCCCAAACCAGAGACUGACUCGGAGUCCGGCACAAGAGAUGGCGAUUGCUUAACAAGCUCUGAUGGAUCAGGUUUUAUCUGCUAUAAGUGUGGGGAAACCUUCACUGUGAAUAGCCAUCUUCUCACCCACCUCUGUGGGUAUCAAAGGAAAAUCAACUCCGGAGAGAAACUAUUCAGCUGUACAGAGUGUGGGAAAAAAUUCUCUUUAUUCCCUAGUUUGGUUACUCACAAGAGAAUCCACGCAGGGGAGAAACCAUUCACCUGUAUAGAAUGUGGGAAAACAUUUAAUAGGAAGGACAACCUACACACGCACAAGAAACUUCACACCGAGCAGCACCCAUUCACCUGUACGGAAUGUGGGAAAAGAUUUUCUUUAGCGAAAAGACUCCAAAGGCACCAAAUGAUUCACAAGGAAAAGGAUCCAGUCACUUGCACAGAAUGUGGGAAAAGCUUUACUUCAGAGAAAGGACUCAAAAGUCACAAAAUGAUUCACAUGGAAUCAGACCCAGUCACCUGUACGGAAUGUGGGAAAAGCUUUAUUUCAGAGAAAAGGCUCCAAAUUCACCAAAUGAUUCACAUGGAAAAGGUCCAAUUCACAUGUACAGAAUGUGGGAAAAGCUUUACCUCACAGAGAGACCUCAGAACUCACCAAGUUAUACACAUGGAAGAGAACGCAAUCACCUGUACGGAAUGUGGGAAAAGAUUUACUUCAAAGAGAAACCUCAAAACUCACCAAAUGAGUCACAUGGGAAAGGAGCCAAUCACCUGUACGGAAUGUGGGAAAAGCUUUACCUCAAUGUCCAGUCUUCGUGUACAUCACAGAACUCACACAGGGGAGAAACCAUACCCCUGUACAAAAUGCAGGAAAUGUUUUUCUGAUCGGAGCAGUCUCCAGAAACAUGAAAUGGCUCACAAAAACAAUCCCUAUGUAUGUAGUGAGUGUGAUAGAAUGUUUCCUGAUAUGAUAAAGCUCCGCUUGCACCAGGCCGUUCAUACGUGUUCCAAAUGUGAAGUAUGUGGGAAAUGUUUUCCUCAGAAGAGCUCUCUUAAAAAUCACAUAGGGGAGAAACCAUUCAGCUGCACAGAAUGUGGGAAAACAUAAACAGAAAAGCCAAAACUUAGGGGCAGAUUUAUCUAAAUGUGAUUUUCGAACUUAAUAACUUAAGGUCCCCAUACACAGGCCGAUAGUAGCUGCCGAUAUCAGUCCCUUAGACAGAUUCGGCAGCUAAUCGGCCCAUGUAUGGGCACUACCGACGGGUCUGUCUGACCGAUAUCUGGCCUGA